UGUAGCCUACCUUAUUUCUGUUUUUAUUCCUUCUCAGCAUUAAAUGAUCAAAAGCGCCCUCUGGUGGCUGUGCCUGCGCCAUCACCUGCAGUGGGAGUGUGCGCCACUGACAGCUCUGCUCCAAUUGGCUGCUGGAAGAGGAGGCUGCCAUGACACAUUGGAUGCUGCACAGAAUCAGUUCCACAGCAUCAGCAGGCUCAGCACCUCCAUCCUCCCUUUUAUCCCUCUCCUUCUCUCUUUUCUCUCUCUCAUCCUUCAGCCUGUCCUCCUCUUGCCACCAUCCCUGUGUUUUUGGAUUGUGACCUGCUUGUUCUUCUGUGUCGACGAGAGCAGUGACAGAGGCCUGCUCUGGCACUGCAGCAGAGGACGCACACACAGCAGCAGCAGCAGCAGAAGCAGCAGAAGCAGCAGCAGCAGCAGGCCCACUGUUUCUCUCAUUCUUCUGCCCCUGUUCCCCAGACAAACUUCUGCUUUCCUUCACUCCUUACUCUCUAAACCUCAUCUUCUGCUGGUUGAGAGUUUACCCAGCAUGCCUCACUCCAGGCUGCUCCGUUAGGCCCCAGCAGCAUGGGCGAAGUCUGGGUGGGAAGAGAAACUACGGAUUGGAGCCUUCCCCUCAGGCCAGGCGUGCUGGCAGGUCAGCCUUCCCCUGCUUCAGAUGGGAGAGGACGCUGAGAGCCCAAAAAUUAACCACACCUUCCUACGAGACUACGUCACCGAAGCUGAUGUCAUCUCUACUGUGGAGUUUAACCAGACAGGGGACCUGCUGGCCACAGGCGACAAAGGUGGCCGAGUGGUCAUCUUCCAGAGGGAGACUGAGUCCAAGGGGGAGUCAGAGGAGGUUGGAGAGACAGGGGACUCAGGCGAGUACAAUGUCUACAGCACCUUUCAGAGCCAUGAGCCAGACUUCGACUAUCUGAAGAGUCUGGAGAUCGAAGAGAAGAUCAACAAGAUUCGAUGGUUGCCACAACAGAAUGCAGCACAUUUUCUUCUUUCCACCAAUGACAAGACCAUCAAACUGUGGAAGGUGAGUGAGCGAGACAAGAGACCUGAAGGUUAUAACCUGAAAGAUGAGGAAGGAAGGAUCAAGGACGUCUCCACUAUCACCUCUCUGCAGGUGCCUGUCCUGAAACCGACCGAUCUGAUGGUUGAAGUGCGACCCAGACGAGUGUUUUCAAAUGGGCAUACAUAUCACGUCAACUCUAUCUCCGUCAACAGUGAUGGAGAGACGUACCUGUCUGCUGAUGACCUACGCAUCAAUAUGUGGCACUUGGGCAUCACAGACCGUAGCUUCAAUAUUGUUGAUAUUAAACCAGCCAACAUGGAGGACCUGACAGAGGUGAUAACAGCAGCAGAGUUCCACCCGCACCACUGCCACCUGUUUGUGUACAGCAGCAGUAAGGGCACGCUGCGUUUGUGUGAUAUGAGGGCCUCUGCACUGUGCGACAAGCAUGCCAAAAUUUAUGAGGAACCAGAGGAUCCAGGAAGCCGGUCCUUCUUCUCAGAGAUCAUCUCCUCUGUGUCGGAUGUCAAGUUCAGCCACAGUGGGCGUUACAUGCUUACGCGAGACUACCUCACCGCUAAGGUGUGGGACCUACACAUGGACAAGGGCCCAGUGGAGACGUACCAGGUACAUGAAUAUCUGAGGAGUAAGUUGUGUUCUCUUUACGAAAACGAUUGUAUCUUUGACAAGUUUGAGUGCGUCUGGAACAGCUCAGACAGUGUGAUCAUGACAGGAGCCUACAACAGCUUCUUCCGGAUGUUUGACAGAGAGACCGGGCGAGGGGUGACUCUGGAGGCGUGGAGGGAGAGCAGCAAACCCCGCGCCGUGCUCAGGACCCGGCGCGUGUACACAGGGGGGAAGCGUCGCCGUGGAGAUGUGGGCGUGGACAGCCUGGACUUCACCAAGAAAAUCCUCCACAUGGCAUGGCAUCCGGCUGAGAACAUUAUCGCCAUAGCAGCCACCAAUAACCUGUACAUCUUUCAGGACCGGGUCAACCCUGAUGCACAAACGCAAUGACAAGGAAGGGAGCUUCGAAGUACAGUACAUGAAAUUGGCCUGAGUUAGGUGUAUGCACUACUCUUUGACUUAUUCAUGUAUUGCUGUGUAAAAGCACUCGUUUUUGGUUGGACUCUUGGAUGAUCUGAUUUCUGGUGUUGCUGAAAUGGUUCUAGUUGAUCUAGGACCAU